UCUCCCGGGGGCCGCCCCCGUCACCAGGACAGCAGCUGCACCUUUCCCAGCCCGCUGCUGCCGAGAGAGCGGAGAAAGAGGAGGGAGAAGGCGGAGGAGAGAGGCGAGAGACGCGAGCGGGACGCAGCCAGCGGAGAGGGGAAACCUGUGCGUCCGACCGGGGCGGCUCGGCGAAGGCGCAGAGCCAGCUGCAGGACAGAGCGAGAGCUGCAGCCAGUCCUCCGCGGCAGCGGCGGCUGGCUGAGGAGCCAGGAGACAACCCACAGAGCCAGCCCCGGCCCCGGCGCCCGCGCCUCCGCCACCACCACCACCACGCAGUCCCGGGAGGAGCCUCCGCGUCCCCGCCGCCUGCCCAACCCCCGCGGCGGGAGGCGGCCCAGAAAGAUGGCCGGGCUCUCGGUCUCGUCCUUCUUUUCGGGGCCCGAGGAGCUGGAGGACGCGGCCCACGCCCCGGCCCUGGUGGCCCAGCUCAAGUCCUUCUACGACGCCCGGCUGCUUUGCGAUGUGACCAUCGAGGUGGCUGCGCCCGGCGGGGGGCCCGGGGCCAGCCGGCUGUUCUCGUGCAACCGCAACGUGCUGGCAGCCGCGUGCCCCUACUUCAAGAGCAUGUUCACAGGCGGACUGUUCGAGAGCCAGCAGCCUCGCGUGACCAUGCACGACAUGGAUGCUGAGUCGCUGGCGCUGCUGCUGGACUACUGCUACACUGGCCGCGUGUCUGUCAGCGAGACCAACGUGCAGCGGCUCUACGCGGCCGCCGACAUGCUGCAGCUCGAGUAUGUGCGCGAGGCCUGCGCGGCCUUCCUUGCCCGCCGCCUCGAUGUGGCCAACUGUGCUUCCAUCCUCAAGUUUGCUGACGCCUUUGAUCACCCGCAGCUGCGGGCCAAGGCCUUGGCCUUCGUGGCCCGUAACUUCUCCCAGCUCAGCGGGGCCCCACGCCCCGGGGGAGAGGAGUCCUUGGCCGAGCUGAGCCUGGCCCAGCUGCAGGAGGUGCUGCGCCUGGACAGCCUGGACGUGGACAGCGAGCGAGCCGUGUGCAAGGUAGCUGUGCAGUGGCUAGAGGCCGCCCCUCUGGAGCGAGGCCCUAGUGCUCCUGAGGUGCUUCGCUGCGUGCGCUGGCUCCACUUCGGAGACCUUGACCGUGCCUACCUGGAGGGGCUGCGCUCCAAGCCCUUCGUCAAACGCUACUGCCCCGGGCUCAUUGAGGCCGCCCUGCGCACCCGCUAUGGAGACAUGAUGCUCAAGACCCCCCAGCCUGCCCUGCCAGCCCCUGGCAGUGCUACUGGCCAAGUGACCGAGAGCCACGCCCGCAGGAUAGGCAUGAUGGCCAAAGAGAUGGUCAUCUUUUUCGGACACCCCAAAGACCCCUUCUUGUGCUAUGACCCAUAUUCGGGGGACAUCUACACCAUGCCAUCCCCUCUGACCAGCCUCGCUCACAACAAGACCAUCACUUCCUCCGCGGUGUGCGUGUCCCCAGACAACGACAUCUACCUGGCAGCCCAGCCCAAGAAGCAGCUCUGGGUCUAUAAUCCGGCCCAGAAUAGCUGGCAACAGCUGGCUGACCGCCUGAUGUGCAGGGAGGGCAUGGACCUGGCCUACCUCAAUGGCUACAUUUACAUCUUGGGGGGUCGAGACCCAGUGACCGGAGUAAAAUUGAAAGAAGUGGAAUGCUACAGUAUUCAGAGGAACCAGUGGGUCCUAGUGGCCCCUGUGCCCCAUUCUUUCUACUCCUUCGAGCUCAUCAUGGUUCACGACUAUCUGUAUGCGGUCAACAAUAAACGGAUGCUCUGCUACGACCCCAGUCGCAACCAGUGGCUGAACUGCGCCUCGCUCAAACGCAGCGACUUCCAGGAGGCAUGCGUCUUCAACGAGGAGAUCUACUGCAUCUGUGACAUCCCAGUCAUGAAGGUGUACAACCCAGCACGCGGGGAGUGGAGGCGCAUCAGCAACAUCCCCCUGGACGCUGACACACACAACUACCAGAUUGUGAGGCAUGGGCAGAAGCUGCUGCUCAUCACGUCCACCACACCACAGUGGAAGAAGAACCGAGUCACCGUGCACGAGUACGAGCCCAGCGACGACCGCUGGGUCAACAUUGGGACCAUGCUGGGGCUGCUGCAGUAUGAUUCGGGCUUCAUCUGCCUCUCCGCUCGUGUCUACCCCUCGUGCCUGGAGCCGGGCCAGAGCUUCAUCACUGAGGAAGAUGACGUCCGCAGCGAGUCCAGUGCUGACUGGGACUUGGAGGGGCUCAGUGAACUGGACUCUGAGUCGGGGAGCUCCAGUUCCUUCUCCGAAGACGAGGUCUGGGUCCAAGUGGCCCCCAGAGGGAACGCAUUUAUGCAGCAGGGCUCCUUAUAAAGAGACUGAUUGGGAAGAAUAGUUUAUUGGUAUGGAAUGUAUUUUAAUAGUUCCCCCACCCACCCGCCCACCAUUUCCCCCCUCCACCAUCCAAUUAAAAAAACAAGUGGAAGCAGCUGAUUUGGUUUAGUUGGGGACAGUGUUUGGAAAUAUUAAUGUCAUGUAUUAUUACCAGAUUUAAGCAUAAAUAUUUAAAGAACACUACAGAUCAAAGAAAUGCAACCUAUUUACUAAUUUACUGUGCUAAAGAAAGAAACCCAGGGUUUACCUUUAAUAGUAAAAUGCUAUGCAAAAUAAGCUAGAUGGGAACUUAACAUGGCAGACCCUGUGUCCUCAGUAUUUAAUCAUCCAUCACCUUGAUGGAUUAAUUUUAUUUUUGUUCUGUAUGUUGAUGCUUUGAUCAGCCUGAAGAAUUUAGCUUGCUAUUCAUUUUAAAACUGUGAAUUUGCCAUAAGCAUUGUACUUUUGAAAGAUUGAAUUGUGAUUUUAUAUUAGGAACCUAGUGGAAAUAGGAGUUGAUGGAAAGAAAGUUUAAAGGUAUACUUUUUUCGUUCAGAUAAUGAAAAUCCAAAGUACUAAUGUAAUUUUUUUCUUACCUAUUUUUAAGUAAAAUUCAGUCUUUGAAAUCUUAGAUAAAUCCCCAAAAUUUAGGCUAGGAAAAGGUGAUUUUUAUUUGCCACAAAGUUUAGAAUAGACCUCUUACAAGCCUAAGGAAAAAAUCAGGACUCCAGUAUUUGAGGAUCAGUUGCAAAAUUUGAAAGUUAGUGAAUUUGCCAAAUGACAGUUUCCUUCUUUAACGUGGCAUUGCUUUCCAUUAGUGUCAAGAAAUCAUUUUAAAACCUUCCUAAACCAAAAAUGAAUUUGCCUUGUAAAACCUUGAUAUUUUGAACUAUAUACUAUACAUAUAUAUUCGAAUCAUAGCAACAACUUUUUCACAAGACAGUAGUUAGGGUUUUUUGAAUUUUAUUGCAGUGGUCAUUCCUUGAAUUACCAUAAACCUUAUAUGCUUCCCUAAGAGACUUUGGAUAUACAAUUUUAGUGAUGGUUUUAGAGAGCUUUUCUGUGGAAGAUGGGUUGUUACGUAUGGUUAAUGUCAGAGAAUAUUGAAUGUGAAAGUGUGUAUAAGCUAAGUAUUUUAUUGAAUUUAGUAGUAAUUGUGUCUGUUGACUAUAACAUCAAGUGCCAGCAAAUAUGAACAUUUUAAAAAAUGCUGUGUAAUUUAAGGCCUGUUUUCGUGUAGCACUGAGAUAAACACUACCAGGUUUGUAAAAACACUAUUAAAAGUUCUUGAUUAUCAGCUAUAAGCUAUUUUUCUAUUAAAAGUUGACAAUUUAAGAACACAA